GCGCAGACUGCUCACCGAGAGAACGGAAGCACAUGCAGCCGCGUUGCAGCGAGCGAUGUUGUUAUCUGACAUGUAACUAGAAGACGCUUGUUUUGUGUGUGUUUUUUUAAAUAUAAAAAAAGAAGAAUGGCAGCAACAGUGGCUACAGCUGUCACCCCAAUGGAGCAUGACCCUGACCGUUGUGGGAAUGAGGAAGAGAGCCGCGGGGCCGAGGCCGAGGAAGAGAGCAGCCAGCAGCAGACAGGCCCCGUUACCGCCGUGACCCACACCCGACUGUCCAAACUGCCUCUGGCCCGAAUCAAGGCGCUCAUGAAGACCGACCCAGACGUGUCACUUGCCAGCCAGGAGUCUGUGUUCAUCAUAGCUAAAGCCACGGAGCUGUUUGUCGAGAUGAUUGCCAAAGAUGCCAUGGUUUACGCACAGCAAGGAAAGAGGAAAACUUUGCAAAGAAAAGAUUUGGACAAUGCAAUCGAGGCCAUAGAUGAAUUUGCAUUUCUUGAAGGCACGCUUGAUUAAAACAUCUACUGGAGAUAAGAACAUGAGUAUCUGCAACCACUGAAAUUUUUCUUUAGUUGUUACAGGGAAACAGUUUGUGCGGAAAACCUUUUGUGGUACUUUUCUAAGUCAACUUUUCAAAUUGGAUAUUUAUAAUUGCUUUUCUGCAAUGAUCCAUUAAUACUUUUCUAACUAAACUUUGAAGACAACAGUUGUAAUGUGUACAUUUUUGUAAAUAUUUGUCAAAUACUACUGUAUGAAAUAAAAUGAAGUUUCAGAC